AUGGCGUCCACGCUCGCGCUCCUCCUCCUUCUCUCGCCCUUCUUCUCUCUCUGCUUCGCUCUUCCGCGCGAAGCCAUAUUCGACGCCGCCGACAUUCUCUCCGAUUCAAGCUUCGUUUCCAUGGCACUCACACUCGAAAUCGUCGCCGAAAACCUUCUCGAACAAUCCCCUUCCGCCACCGUCUUCGCUCCCUCCGACUCCGCAUUCAAGAAAUCCGGUCAGCCAUCCCUCGACCUACUCCGCUUCCACUUGGCGCCGCUUCCUCUUCCGCCGGCGAGUCUCCGUCUACUCCCCGCCGGCGCCAGGAUCCCGACUAUGCUCCCCGGGCAGUCUCUAACCGUCACGACGUCACCUUCCGAGCGCGUAGCAUCUCUCAACAACAUCAAACUCACGGAAUCGCCCAUUUACGACGAUGGUUUUCUGCUAGUCUACGGAACCGAGAGGUUCUUCGACCCUAGUUUUCAGUUCAAUAACCAAAGACCUAAUCCAAAUUCGAAUUCCUCGUGUUCAGGGAAGAACCACACUCAGAGUUCCUCCGAUUCCUUCGACCAAGCCAUUGAAACCCUAAGAUCCGGGGGAUACUCUACCAUGGCUUCCUUUCUGGGAAUGCAACUAUCGGGCGUGGCGGAGCAGAGUGGAAUAACGGUGUUUGCUCCGGCGGAUGAAACGGUGGCGAACCGCAUCGGCGAUUUCAGCGAGUAUCCAUCGUUCUUCCGUCGGCAUGUGGUGCCGUGCAGGCUUCUGUGGAACGAUCUGGUGGACUUGGGCGAUGGUUCGGAGCUGCGAACUUUCUUGGAGGGCUUCGCCAUCAAUAUCACUAGAUCUGACGGCGUUUUGAUUCUAAAUGGAGUUCCGGUUUUCUUCCCGGACGUGUUCUUCAAUGACAAGGUUGUCGUUCAUGGCGUCAGUGAUGUUCUAGCUGCGCAUGACAACACCCUUCGCGUUGACGAUGAAAGAAUUGUGUUUGACCCUUCUGAACUUUGAGACUCUGGCUGUGGCAAUGGCAUU